AUGGAUCGAGACGCCCACGUCCACGACAGCCGUGACGCUCGAGACGUCCGAGCCGUUCUUCCGCGUCUCUCCGACAAGUCCGACGCGCCUGCUUCUCGUGCUAGUCUCGCUUUAGAUGUGUUUGCCAACGCGCAAAAACUGCCGUCCUACUCAAUACACGCCCAACAACGACUCCUGCACCAGGACCAGAACCAGCACCAGCAGGCGCAACACCGGACACAAUCACCCACACACUCACCGUCCCACCAAGCAAGCGAACUGCCCAUUCCCCUUUCUGCGUCCUCAUCCACCUCCUUCCAAAGCAGCAGCCGUCAUUACUUCCAGCAGCAACAACCGCCGUCCUUCAGCCACACCGCCAACAGUAGCGAUUCGCAAGAUACGACGAGUAGCGCCAGCACGGAUACCGAUCAGCUCUUUACGCCACCGAUCAGCGAAGGCGAAUUGAGUUUCGGGGGUGGUGGCGGCAGCGUCAACGGAAGCUCAAGCGCCUACAAUCUCGAACACGACAUCUCAAGCCAAGAGUCCCAGCUGCACCAACUGUCAAGGCUUGCCGCAUCCCGCGAAAGAAUGACCGACAUAACGGGAUCUGAUGCGUUUGACGGCGGCGCGCUAUCACGCAAGCGGGCCGCCGAUGGUUCUGUCAAGCACACGCGGAAUGCAUCCAGUACGUCACCGAUCUACAUGGGCGGUCAUUCCAGAGAUACGAGUACUGUGAGCGUUGCAUCCACGACCGGUGGCCGCAUUGGCGAGGCACAUUCGAUCGACCAGGUCGAGAACCUUGCCUCUCAUGCCGCAUCACCGGCAUCUAGUACGUCGACAAUCCACGGCCGCCACGGUUCGUCACUCAGCCCGCGCAUUCCUGGCCGCCCUUUCCACGAUCGCCAUCAGAGCCAAACGAGCGUCUCUACUAUAAGCACGACCAUUGCCCCAGCUGAUCGCGGCCUGUCCACCCUCGAUACGUCGCCAUGGUCAUCACAACAAAGCUCCCGUAGCAACCACUCCACACCUCCCCUGCCUUCGCCUCUCGGGACGUCGCGAAGCGGAUCGACCGCGCCAACAAGAUCCCUCGCCCCACCAGUCUCUAUCCAGCCAUCUCGGCCGUCUGCGCUGGGACGCCGAAAUUCGAAUCCAGGUUAUGCGCCGCCGGCUCUUCCAACAUUCUACUCACACCAGGGUAGCCCGCACACGCCGUCUACUCUCGAUUCGGGACAUGUGCGCACGCCGACCGCCGACCCUAUUCUCUAUACACCCCACCAAAACGUUCGCGAGCAGGAUGCUAUUGAAACGCUCCUUUUCAUGAGCAGCCCCGGCAACUCGUCCAACAUGAAGCACUUCCCCCCCAUCUCUUCCUCGCAACCUCUUCCGGCCGGCCACCACGACCCCCAGCAGUACAACAACGUGAUGAGCCCUCAACGGCACGGUCUCCCUGGCUCUGCCCCGCGCAAGAGCCUACCCACAGGUCGGCCGAACGCCCCAACGUAUGGCUCACAGCCUGCCCUCGGUCGUCGUGGUGGUCACCACCGGAGUCCCAGCGAGAUGGACCUCGACGAGUCGUAUGAAACACCGUACUCACGAUCUAACAAGGGCACACCAAAACGGCGCGCUAAUGGGGCGUUUGAUGGUACGAACGUGUUGAGCCCUCGCAUGAAGGUGCCGCUGUCCAUGCCGUCUGGCCUGAGCUCCACAUCAAAACCACGACCUGUCUUGGACGAGGACGACAUCGAAAAGAUGCUAGAUCGUGCUGCCGCUGCUUCCGCCGACGAUUCCUCUGACUCGGAGAGCGAGAUUUUGAUUCCUGCCCGCCGGACAACCCAUCUUGGUGUUUAA